CUAAUUUUCUUUUGGUUGAUAAUAAUUUGGAAUAUCAUGAGUUUUGACUGUAAGAUUGUAAAUCUAUUUCUUAUCUUUAUGUCUUGAGGAUCUUUAGAUUCCAGGGUUUGAAUUUUGAAAUCCAGAAUUACUUUUGGGUUGCGUCUCCUUCGUGGAUUGUACCACAUACACUGCCAUUAGUGAACUUUGUAUCAUGGUCUUGAUAUUUUUAAUGCUUCCUAGCUGCUAUAACUUUAUGAUCUUUAGUGUGAUGUGCUAGAGGAAAAUGCCUUGUCUUGAUGGGAGAUUAUGUGCUAAAGCUCAUUAAAAUUCCAUAACAUAGAUGAUGAAGCAUUAGUAGCUAAUGAAGUCCUAGGAGGAAGAACUUGAUAUGCAAAAGAAUGGAACAGAUGGAGUUGGAAGUGAACAUAGCAGACGUUGAGAAGAAAGUUUCGAAGAUCUUGAAGCUUAUCAAGAAUAAAGACCAGUCUGAAAAUGAUGUUUUCCCAAGAGAUUUGAGGAAAGAGUCAGAACUUGUUCGACUUGUUGAGGACUUUCACAAACAAUAUCAGUCACUCGUUGCGCUUUGUGAUAAUCUUAAAGGAGAAUUAGAGAAGAAAGGUCGUGGAAGGAAAGGAAAGGAGAGGCUUUCUUCGUCAACUUCCAGCUCAGAUUCAGAAUACUAUUCCUCAGAGGACACUGAAAAAAGAAACCGCUUGAAAAGUGAGCGUCUGAAAGCAGCGAACAUCAUGAAGGAAGAACUUGAAGCUGAGAACACAGAAGUUUCUGAAUUGAAGCAUCAAUUGGCCUCUAACACUGAAGAGAAGGAAGCUUUAGUUUCGGACUACAUGACAGCAUUAAGUAAAAUAGAAGAUGCAGAAACCAUCAACAAAAAUUUGAGGAAUGAAGUGGAUGAAAGAGAGAAAGAACUUGCUGCCCUUGUUAAGAUGCAUGAAGUUCUAGAGAAUCAAGCGUCAAGCUUGAAAUCUGAGGGAAAAGAAGGCUUGUUGGUUCGGGUAAUGGACCUUGAGUUGGAAGUAGAGACACUUCUCAAACGGAAAAAUGAUGUGGAAGAACAAAUGAGUAGUAAAAUCUCUGAAACCAGUCAACUAAGAGAGGAAAGGGGAGGCAUGCCUGCUAGGAUACUAGAAUUAGAGGGAUUAUUUCCAGAAAAUGGGAGUGAAGCUUCUGUUGGAAAGAAUUAUCAGGCUGGAGAUGAAGCUUCUGCUCAGAUUGUAGCCUUCAAAGCACAGGUUGACCAUCUACUGGAGGAGUUGGAUGCCUUGAAGAUCCGGAAUAGUCAGUUGGAGUUGCAUCUAGAAGGAGAAAGACAGGAUUAUUUACAAAGCCUGUCCCAGAUGGAAGAUCAAAAUAAGACAUUGACAGGCAAGAUUGCUGACCAGCAGAGAAUCCUAAAAGAACAGGAGAAAACCAUCAACAAAUUCAUAGAGGAUUCUAAACUGGUGAAAAGAUGGUCAUGGUCGUCAGCAGGGACCUCCAAUUCCAAAUUAAAUCAGCAUGCCCUGGAAAGGAAGAUGCAGGAUUUAGCAGAAGAGUUCCGCAAGAAACUUGAAGAUAAUAUCCGUUUGUUGUACCAAAGGAUCAGAGUAGCAGAAAAGAUACAUUAUGAAAACAAAGAGAACUUCAGGAAGAUAAAAGAAAAGUUUGAGCAAAAAACUGUAGCACUUAAAGAAAGAGUUGCAAUUUAUGAGGUUGAGUCCAAGAAAUCGACAGGGAGGGUGGAACCAAGGAUCACUGCAUUGGCUGGAUUAGACUCGGCAGUCAGAAAGCUGGAGGACAUUGAGAAUUUCCUCACCCGCAUAUCCAAUGUGACAAAAGAACUUGUAUUUGCGAAGAACUGGGCCUCAGAGAGAAAUAAGGAGAUAAGACAGUUGCGAAAUAAAAUGAAUACUGUGGUUAAGCAACUUGAUGACAAGGAAGAGCAUGAGUUCUUGUUAAGUGAGAAAGUUUGGAACUUGGAAGCUUCGCUGAGCAAGGAAGUUGGAGAAAAGUUGAAUCUAAGUGAAGUAGUGAGCCAACUGGAGAAGAAGAUCAAAGAGAAGGAUGACAGAUUGUUAGGUCUUGGAGAGGAAAAGAGGGAGGCCAUAAGGCAACUCUGCCUCUUGAUUGAUUACUAUCGCAGCUGUUACAAUGGUGUUAAGGAAAUAAUCUCAAAUUCAAAUGUUGUCAACAGGGAAAGAACUUGAGCUUUUGCCCACUUCAAAUUCAAUCAUUUUUUCAGCUAGUAAAGGAAUUUUCCUUGUCACCUUAAAAAAAAAAAAAAAGAACAGUAACUGCCAUGUAUAGUUCUAUACAUAUAAAGCCAUCUUCUUUUA